AUCAGAUCCAUAGCUGCCGCGCCCCUCAUUGAAGCCUACGCCCGCUCCGACCUCUCUCCCUUUUCCUCCGAUCGCCUCAAGUCUGAUUGAUAAUGCUAUGUUAUUCAGCUUCAAGCAUUGGUUUUGGUGGCAAUCUCAACUCCAUUUUUGGUGCUGCUGUUUCUACUAGGAAAUGCAAUUCAAGGAGUAUCCAACCCAUCAAAGCCACUGCUACUGAAAUUCCUCCUGCAGUUCCAAAGUCAUGGAGAAGUGGGAAGACAAGGAUUGGAAUUAAUGGUUCUGGUCGGAUUGGAAGGUUGGUUUUACGAGUAGCAACCUCAAGGGGUGAUAUUCAUGUAGUAGCAGUCAAUGACCCUUUUAUUGAUGCUAAGUACAUGGCUUAUAUGUUUAAAUAUGAUUCAACUCAUGGAGGCUUUAAGGGAACCAUCAGAGUUGUGGAUGAGUCCACCUUGGAAAUUAAUGGCAAGCAAAUUCAGGUUGUAAGCAAAAGGGACCCUACAGAGAUCCCUUGGGGUGAUUAUGGGGCUGAGCUUGUUGUUGAGUCAUCUGGUGUUUUCACAACAUUAGCUAAGGCAUCUGCACAUAUGAAGGGUGGUGCCAAGAAAGUGGUAAUUUCAGCUCCCUCAGCUGAUGCACCUAUGUUUGUGGUGGGUAAUGAGAAGACCUACAAGCCAAGCAUGGACAUAGUUUCUAAUGCUAGUUGCACUACCAAUUGUCUUGCUCCUCUUGCCAAGGUGGUUCAUGAGGAAUUUGGUAUCAUUGAGGGUUUAAUGACAACCGUCCAUGCAACUACAGCAAUGCAAAAGACUGUUGAUGGCCCUUCAAUGAAGGAUUGGCGUGGGGGUCGAGGAGCUGGGCAAAACAUCAUCCCUAGUUCAACUGGUGCAGCAAAGGCUGUUGGAAAAGUUCUUCCUAAACUCAAUGGAAAGCUUACUGGAAUGGCAUUCUGUGUCCCUACACCCAAUGUUUCUGUUGUGGAUUUAACUUGUCGACUUUGGAAGGGUGCUUCCUAUGAAGAUGUCAAAGCAGUAAUAAAGUAUGCUGCAGAAGGGCCUCUUAAAGGCAUUCUUGGACACACAGAAGAGGAUGUUGUCUCUAAUGAUUUUGUUGGUGAUUCAAGGUCGAGCAUAUUUGAUGCAAAAGCUGGAAUAGGGUUGAGUGCUUGUUUCAAGAAGCUUGUUGCAUGGUACGACAAUGAGUGGGGUUACAGCAACCGAGUAUGUGACCUAAUAGAGCACAUUGCACUGGUAGGAGCAACCCGAGACUAAAUAUUUCCAGAGGUAUGCUGUUGCUACUGAGUGACGCUGCAAUUUUAGUGUGUGCUAGAAGUUUGUUUCAGAGAGUAGGCAUCAAUUUGAUAGUACCCAAAGUUUUUGGUUGGAUUGCUUAUCGAUGUAAGAGUUGGGCAUCCCAUAAUGCGAUUCUGAAAUAAUAAAAAUUCAAGCUUGUAUGAGCGGCACCUUAAGACUUGAUCUUUGUGACAAAAGUUACAGCAAUAUCUUUGUCCCAAAAAAAAAAAAAAAAACAUUGUUGGGCAGUAUCUUAUAUCUGAAACAUCUAUGCAUGAUCUGGUUUGAUGUUUAUUUUUAUGGUGAUAUCUUGGAUGAUAACAUGAUACUUGCAAAAUCAUAUGCUUGAUGAAGGGAAGUAGUAACUGAAAUUAAAUAUACUACUAGUAUUUAGAAGUUGGGAUCUCUGGUAUAUGAUUCCGUAAUAUAAUUAGAAUUCAACAUGAAUUUGUUAGAAAAAGUCAAAAUUAAAUAUGAUUUUAAUCUAUCCUAGUUGGAUGGAUAUUCAUUCAUUACGCUAAUUAUUGGCCAAUUUCUUUAAUAAUAAUAUUAAGACUAAUAAGAAUUAAUAUUAAGACUAAUAAGAAUUAUUGGCCAUUUUUAAGUAACAUUAAUAACAGUUAAACCCAACCUCAAAAUUUGAAUGCAAAAAAAAAAAAAAAAA